CAAGCUUCUACGGCCAUGAAAGAUAGAAAUGUUCGAAUGAGGGUGACGAAAACCGGUUGAUUUCGCGUCGAGCGCGCAAAUGGAUUCUUUGUGCUCAAUUGCGCUAGCUCAAGCAAGAGUAAGAGGGUCAGCUCUGGUGGGAUAUAGACGGGAGGUUGCAUUUUUGAACGGCUCUCAAAAAUGUCGAAAAUCUAGGCGGUGGAUUUCUUCUAUUAGACUUAUCAACACUCACACUCUGAAGCUUGAGGAGCCCACCGAGGAGCCUCUACACUAUGUCACUCUGUCGCACACUUGGGGAAAAGACGAGGUGACUUUUCAGGACCUGCAGAGUGGCAAAGGUAGGCGGAAGAAGGGCUUCGCCAAAAUAGAAGAGACGUGCAGACUGGCACGUCUCCAGAAUAUUCCAUACGCUUGGAUUGAUACAUCUUGUAUCGACAAGACGAACAGCACCGAGCUUACCCAGGCCAUAAACUCUAUGUUCAGGUGGUACGCGGAUUCUACAGUGUGCUACGCAUAUUUUGACGAUCUGGCACCCAGCGACAGCGUCCGAGAUUACAAGAAGAAAGUGACUAUGGAAUUCGCAUCCUGCCGGUGGUUUACUCGAGGCUGGACGUUGCAGGAGUUGAUUGCUCCAAAAAAGAUGGAGUUCUAUGAUCGCGAAUGGGGUUGUCGUGGGACCAAGGAAGACUUAAGUGAUAUUCUUGAGGAGGCAGCCCGGAUUGAUAGAGAGUUUUUACGUGAUAACUCGAGGCUAUUCUCUCUUCCCGUGGCAACGAGAAUGUCCUGGGCUGCGAAGCGGCAAACCACGCGGGAUGAAGACAUGGCAUAUUGUCUCCUAGGGAUAUUUGACGUUAAUAUGCCCGCAAUUUAUGGGGAAGGGACGAAGGCAUUCGUCCGCCUCCAGGAGGAGAUUGCGAGGCAGACCAACGACUUGACUUUGUUUGCGUGGAGACAGAUAGAGGCCACUCCGCAGCAAUAUCGAGGCAUAUUGGCCCAAUCUCCUGACGAGUUUGCGCAUGCCUGGAGCAUUGUACCAACCUCAGAUCGCCGUUUCAACGAGGAGUUCAGCAUGACAAACAAAGGACUCCGAAUCAAGGCAGACCCUAGUCAGUCAGGUCGGGGAGACUACUUUCUGGGGCUAGGCUGCUCAUAUCAGAAUGAACCAGAUGAACAAAUUGGGAUAUAUUUAAAACACCAUGGCGCAGGCCUGUACGCUCGUCAGCUGGCACAUCUCCUUCCAGUAGACAAAGAGCCCCCGUCUCCUGCUGUAACGACGAUCUAUAUCGACAAGCAUCUGAGUCCUACAGCCUCAGAAUCCAUCGACAAACGAAGACGCCAUGGUAUCCGUCUCCGCCGCGGCUUCGAAGACGUUCUCGUGACGAAUGCACUACCUGCAGACCAAUGGGAUAGGAAGCACAAAGUUUUUCUUACAGGAAAAGGUCAUUCCACCUUUGCAGGCAUACUCACUCUGAGAAGUGAGCGGUGGAUUGGCGACUUGACAAUUAUGUGUGCGCUGCUCGUCCAGGGUGCAGUGCCGAAGGUAAAGUUCAUUGAUGACAGAUAUGUGGACAGUGUUCUGAAGCAACCACACAACGUUCGAAAUCUCCCAGAUGAUGCCCUGCAGGACGAGAAAUUUAAUUUGGAGCUGUCUGUGGGUCCAGGGACAGCUUCUGCACAAGAGCCAACAUUCUGCGUAGAUCUUCUUGAACAUCAGAAGCAAGACGAUGCGGAACAGCCAGCAAGCACGUGGAGACGGAUCAUAUCUUCGUAUCUAAAUCCGCAAGCUUAAUAUUAAAUAAUAUAGAUCUUCUUCAACCUUUGUACCUAUAAAAUAUCAGAGGUAC